AAAAAAUCGGCUUAGAUACUCCAAAAACCUGUUUUUAAUUCAACCAUCUCCGUAUCUCUUACGGUGUGUAAAAUCUUGUCUUGGACAGUAUACGGUGGAGAUUAAGGUAUCUCUCCUUUUAUAGUAGUUCAAGUUAUCGAUCUUAAUGGCGUGUCAGACAAAGUUUUAAAUAAAUUGAAUUUCGUAACUUUAAAAGAGCUCAAUUACAAGAUUUAUUUCUCAUUUUGUCGAUACUGCCGUCCGCUUUCUUUUUAGUUCUGCAUAUGCGGACUCAACUCAACUCACGCAAACUUUUCUGCGAGUUGCUAAAAUAUGCGCUUCGUGUACUAGUCGCUAAUAGCGCACAGAUGACAGUAACCCAGUUUUACAUGACAACACAGAAUACAAACAUAAACUCAUCCCCACCGCUAAUCGACGGACCACCGUUAUAAGAAAAUCAAGGUUAAAUCGAUGAAAUAUUGAAAACGCAAUUUCCGGAAUAUCGGCGAAUAUCCACCGGCAAGUAACGCGUUGAAGUAAUUUUUGCCUGCAUCGGGUUUCGCGCCUUAUUCGAUUUACAUGGCAAGUCAGAGUACUUUGGGAUCUCCGGACAGGUCGAAUUUGGUGGCUUACUGGAGUGUACCACUUCUGGAUGGAGUGCACACAGUCGAGUUCGAUCAUGGGACUACCUCCGGCAAAAGAGUGUUGAGGAUAGACGGAAAGGAAGUAUUACACAAAGAUUGGAUGUUCAAAUUAGUGGGCGAUAUAAAAUUCACUUUGGGCAAACACGAAACAAAAUGCGAACUGAGAGUCGACCCUAUCGCUCAUUUUGCAUUUUCUUAUAGCCUGUGGGUGGACGGUUUACCUCUCGAAAAAUAUUGCGAACAACAGGAGAAAGUUAUGAAGUCUUGGUCUGUGGUGAUCAAAGGGAAACGAUUCAGAAUAGUUUUAGACAAAAGGACGCUGAAUGUUUGGGUUGACGGAGAUAAAAUUGAACCUGAAACCGAAUUUGUGGAGACGGGUUCGCAAUACAAGUUCUACGUCGAGGAAGAACCGGUUGUCAUUAAGUCGGCAUCAAAUGGUAAGAAAAAAGAAGUCGCUUAUAACCUAUUUGUUAACAACAUGCCAUCUGAAGACGACAAGGACGUUUUGAUUUAAUUUAUGAGUGUAAAUAAAAAAGCAGCAAAUUAAAGACAGCGUAAAAAACACACAACGACUUACGUCAAUUAUCGCUGAAGAUUAAUUCAAAAUCAAAACUCACCUUUAUUAUCUGUGAGCAUCAUAUAUGAUGCAAAGUAUGUUAAGAAACAUGCCAAUAACUAUCACAAACCACAGAUUAACAGCAUUAAGUUAUUUAUUUGUAUCCCAUCUUUUUGUAUACUAUUAACAAUAAAUAAUAUAAGAAUA